UAAGAUUAUAUAACAUUUGAAAAUAAGAAAAAGAAAUCAUAUUACAGCUUAAAGCAUACAGGUUAAAUACUACCACAAAUAGGACAGACACACAUAUACUGGAUGUUAAGAGUUAAAAAACCACUAAACGACUUUCGGUGGUUAAUAUAACCCGAUCACCAUGUUCGUCUUUAUAUCAGUCUGCUCUUCUUCUAAUAUAUAAGAAAAUCUAUUCCCAAGGUAUCCACUCAACCAACGAAACCUGAACAGUCAUGAAAGUUGUUGACGUAUGCCGGAAACAACCAGAGCCUCCUGAUGGGGGUUGGGGAUGGGUUGUUUGUUUAGCUGCAGCCUGUAACAGUUUCACGGUUGUGUUUCUGACAAAUCCUGCUGGUAUAUUACUGAUUGGCCUCAGAAGAACCUUUCAGGAUCCCGUAUCGAAAUUAUCCUUAAUAAGUGGUCUGCUAAGUGGACUUAGCAUGCUUUCAGCUCCAAUUGCCAGUAUCCUCUUGAAUUACUUAAGCCAUCGGACAGUGUUGAUAUUAUCCGGGCUUAUUGCAUUCACGGGUGCCAUAUUGGGAGCAUUUUCUACCAGUCUCGAUAUGAUGAUUGUAACAUAUGGUCUCAUAACAGGUGUAGCUAUUGGAAUGAUUUAUUUCACAUCCCACGUCAUUACAGGACUUUACUUUAAAAAGAAGCGUGCCUUGGCAUUAGGAAUCACCAACUGUGGUGGAGGUGUGAGUAUAAUGGUGGCAAGUUUGAUUAUGGAGUAUCUCUUGGACUUCUAUGCACUUCGAGGUUCCUUGCUUCUUAUAUCGGGGUUGCUUCUGAAUGUUGUCGUUUUUGGAGCACUUUGCCGACCUUUGCCCUUUACCUACACAGAUGCUAAGAAGACGGCAUAUGUUGCAACAGACGGGUCCGACCACCCUUCUGCAAUGGAAACUCCAUCUUCAGCGCCAGAAUCAGGGAACAGAGAAGACGUUAACCAUAAAGAAAUAAUUAACGAAGCAUUUGACAUGUCGGGCGAAGAACAGAAUACGGACAGUCGUUCAAUUGCUGAUAAAAAAGACAUCGUGGACGAGUCCAUUACUGAGAACCAGAAAGUCAAAGACAAAUUGCCAAUCCUGAAACGGUUUUCAAAUAUAAUUGGUGCUGAGCUUUUUAGAAAUGUGAAUUUCAUGUUGUUGAUGACGAGCUAUGUUUUGUGGGCCUUUGCUACCAUAGCGUACACCUAUGUGCCGCCUAUGUGUGUCUGGUCAUUUGGAAUGGGCGAACAAAAAGCGGCAAGCUUGAUAUCGUUUGUUGGACUGUUUGCGAUAAUCGGCAAUUUUUCUGUCGGUGUUCUUGUCGACCUGUUUCACAUAAGCAGCAAGAGGAUCUUCGCCUUCAGUCUGUUCACCCUCUUUGUCAUGAUCUUAUUGAUUCCACACUGUAAUAAAUACGAAUACAUGGCUCCAGUCCUUUGUGUGUAUGGAAUUACACUCGGAUUUGCAGUCUCUCUCAGACUGGUCCUCACUACAGAAAUAGUUGGGACAGAACAAACCACGAAAGCAUACAGCAUUUUAAGUUGCGCCUGUGGAAUUUCAUUUUUUGCUUCCCCUCCUACCUUUGGACUGGUUUUCGACACCACAAACUCAUUUAUGGCCGUUUACUUUGCUGGUGGAGCAUGCGCAUUGACUAGUUUAAUUUUAUUUUUGUUAAUUGGCUGCCGGGAUAUAUUUCAUCAGAAACGUCUGAAGAAAUAAACUCUGAUUUCUAAAGUGUCUUUACAGCUGUUUCAUAUUUAUAUUUUGUAAAUUAAUAACAGAAGACCAUGGACCAUCUGAGAGUGUUUGUCAUUGAAGAGAUCAAACGAGGUCGAAACAGCGGUAUCUAAUGAUCUGAACAAGCUCCGGUGCUUUUAAAAAUAUACAUCACUUUAAGAACUUCCCCGGUGACAAAAUAUUAAAGCAAGUGCUGUAUAUAUACUUGUUUAUGCAUUAUGAAUGUUACACACAUAUUAUUUUAGAUGUAUACACCUUGAGCUAAGCAGAUAAUGUUUGCUGUAAAGUAAGCUGUAAUAUGUAUUCAUUAAGUAUGAUAAAAAGAGCUACGAAAU